AUGACCGUCCUCAUACAAACCCUUACAUCUACUCCCAUGACCAGCGCUGGUCUCUAUCUAGCGCUCAUUCUUAUUGUCUACUCUAUCUACCAACGAUAUCUACAUCCCCUUGCCAAAUACCCCGGUCCAUUCCUCGCAUGCCUGACCGACCUCUGGCAGGUCUACCAGUUCCUGACCCUCAAGCAGCCAUAUACCCUUACAGAGCUCCAUGAAAAGUAUGGACCAAUUGUCCGAUACGGACCAGACAAACUCAGCAUUACCCACGAGGGCGCCAUCCAAGCAAUCUAUCAGAAAGGUGGAAGAGGAAUGCCAAAGACGGAAUUCUACGACGCAUAUGGCGCAGCUCAUCCGAAUGUAUUCGGUAUGCGGGAUGAAGAACAACACUCCAUCCGGAGACGUCAUAUGUCUCAUGGCUUCUCCAUGAGCUACGUGAAAGAGAUGGAGCAAUACCUGGAUCUGAAUAUUCGAAUCCUGAGAGACAAGAUCAGGGAGCAUAGCUCUCAUAAUAGAGCAUUUGAUCUCAAAAAAGCUCUGCAUUAUUACGUGAUUGACGUCCUUGGUGAGCUGGCCUUCAGUCAAUCAUUUGGAAUUCAGGAGACGGAUGACGAGGCGCGAGUCCCGCCAGUCAUCGAACAUAGUCUGCUUGCGGCUGUUACUGGUGCUUGGCCUGCUAUGACGGCAACACUGAAGAAAUAUCUUCCACUUGUUCCAUACAAGCCACUUCAACAACUCUUUGCUGGCCGCAAAGCUUGUGCGGAUCUCGCGUCGGAGUGUGUUCGACGCAGGUUGGGGGAUUUCGGUGGAAAUAGGAUGUCUAAAAGUGACGAUAGGAAGGACAUCCUAACUAAUCUAAUAUUGGCUAAGCAUCCUGAUACUGGGGAACAUCUUACGCAGACGGAUCUUGAGACUGAGGCUUUUGGAUUCAUCAUCGCAGGGACACACACGACGAGCGCCACGACAACUCUGCUAUUUUACCACCUGCUUCAUAACCCUCGAUAUAUGGAGGAGUGCGUAAAGGAGAUUGAGACCAAUCUCCCCCACCUUACAUACGGAGAGACAGCAUAUUCUGUAUCUGCCGCAGAAGCUGCUCUACCGUUCUUGCGCAACUGCAUAAGGGAGAAUUUCCGAAUUACGCCGGUCUUCACGAUGCCUCUAGCUCGGAGGGUCAUGAGUCCAACGGGUGUGAUGAUAGACGGGCAGCAUAUACCACAAGGGACAUCAAUCGCCGUCUGCAACCACGCAUUCCAUCACAACCCUGACGUCUGGGGUGUUGAUCACAACAUCUUCAACCCGUACCGAUGGGAGAACACUGAGAUUGCUGCCAAGGCACGGCUAUUAAUGCAUUUUGGCCUUGGUGGACGUCAAUGUAUUGGGAAGACCAUUGCAAUGACGAAUAUUUAUAAAAUUAUGAGCACAUUGUUAACGGAGUUCAACUUCGAACUUGCUGAUAAGCAGGCUCAGAGAAAGGGCAUACCUGAAUUGAUUAGUGUUGGGAUUAGCGAUCUGAAGGAGCCAUUGAUGGUCAGAGCACAUGUGCGGAUGGAAAAGCCCGGUGUUCAGCACUUUGAGAAUGAUGGUGAUGGCGGUGGGGAUAUCGCCGCCAAAGGAAGAGAUCACAAUGAUUUGGAAGCUUUUGAUCGGUCGCAUGAUGAAAGUAUCAAACAUAGUGAAUCAGAUGCAUUGACGGAAGAUCAUCGUCAAUAUUUGAUUCAGAGAUAUGGGACAGUAGAACUGGACCCUAUCCCGGACAUGACUGAUGCUGAUCCCUAUAAUUGGCCGACAUGGAAGAAAAUUAUUAACUUAGCCCUUGUUGCGUUCCACGCUAUGAUGGCGACAUUUACAGCAUCUUCAAUCCAAUCCGCUUUCGUUGAGAUCGCAGAGGACCUUGGAGUCAGCGUACAAAGAGCAAGCUAUUUGACUUCACUAGUCAUUGCCAUCCUCGGGGGUGCGCCUCUUUUCUGGAUGCCAUUGUCCAACCGCUAUGGUCGACGUCCUAUUUUCUUGCUUUCGUUGCUUUGCAGUCUGGUUGCCAAUGUGGGCUGCGCCAAAAGUCCGUCGUAUGCGACCAUGGGAUUUUGCCGGGCCCUUGUUGCAUUCUUUAUAUGUCCUGCCGCUGCAAUUGGUAGCGCUGUGGUCGCCGAGACCUUUUUCAAGAAAGACCGCGCAAGAUGCAUGGGCGUGUGGGCUGUCAUGGUGACUUUGGGUGUACCGCUUGCGCCUUUGCUUUUUGGGUUCGUUACUAGUCGAGUGGGAUACAGGUGGAUCUACUGGAUAUUGGCCAUUACCAACGGCGUUCAAUUCAUCAUAUAUUCGAUCUUCGGCCAAGAAACUCUAUACAUCCGUGGCAGCGCUGCUAGUCACGUCAGUAACCCAACCCUUCGCCAACGAUUCCUUCAUGUGAAGCGCAUUGAUCCAGCGCCAUUGGAGAUAUGGGACUUUCUACGCCCCCUUGGUAUGGCAAUCCGACCCUGCAUUAUGAUUCCAGCUGCCGCAUAUGCGAUGAUAUUCCUCCUCGGUGGUAUCCUCCCCUCCAUUGAGAUGCCGCAACUCUUCCCCGAGAUGUUCGGACUUGAUUCAGAGCAGGUUGGCCUGCAGUUUAUCGCGAUGAUUAUCGGCUCUCUGCUCGGCGAUCAGGUCGGAGGAUUCUUAUCCGACCGUUGGAUGUUGUACGGGCAGAAGAAAACGCAGCGGCCAGUUGCACCGGAAUUCAGACUCUGGAUAAGCUAUCCAGGUAUUAUCCUGACGAUAGUUGGCGUCGUUAUCUUCCUUGUCCAGCUAGACCAUGCUUCAUCGCAAUGGAAUAUCACUCCGCUGGUCGGGGUCACCAUCGCGGCUGUUGGAAACCAAAUCGUCACUACCGUAAGCUUCACAUAUGCCGUGGAUUGUUAUCGAUCAGAAGCAGCAAGUGUUGGCGUUUUUAUCACAUUGGUGCGACAGACAUGGGGGUUUAUAGGACCAUUUUGGUAA